AUGUUUAAGACAACCCCUGAUGUCGUUAUUCUUUUCGGUUUCCAGUCGGCUGUUGGUGGUGGGAAGACGAAGGGAUUCGUGCUUUUUUUAUGAUACUCUUGACUACGCUAAGAAAUUCGAGUUGAAAUACCGCAUUGUUCGCAUGGGUCUAACUCAGAAAGUUGAUAAAGGAGUUCGUAGGCAGCGAAAGGAAUGA